AUGUCAACCCUAACACCCACGUCACAACACUAAAACACCAAAGCAAUACUGAGAGAUAAUCGAGAAACCUAUAGUGAACACCACUACCUAAAAAAAUCGCUUCGGGAGCAGACGCGCGGAGUGGGAGCUGGAGAGGGGCGUGCCCGUACUACCCGGCCGUACCGUAUCGCCGCAGCGAGGUACAGCACUCGCACGCUUCACUAG